GCGGGAACUGGCAGGGCCGCGAUUAGUCAGAGUGGAAAACUUGGCCGGAAGUCCUAGGGCGGGGAGUUAGGCACUAGGGGAGAUGGCGGUUGCAGCAGCGAGUCGCGGGAUUGGGGCCAAACUUGGUCUCCGUGAGAUUCGCCUCCACUUGUGCCAGCGCUCACCCGGAAGCCAGGGCGUCAGGGAAUUCAUCGAGAAACACUAUGUGGAGCUGAAGAAGGCGAACCCCGCUCUGCCCAUCCUAAUCCGCGAGUGUUCUGAUGUGCAGCCCAAACUAUGGGCCCGCUACGGUGAGCGGGGAAGCGGGCAGUUUGGGACCCCGAUAGGAGAACAAGGGUUGGAGAAGAGAAGGUCAUCCAGGGUCACACAGAAACCUCAUUUGGCCAAGAGAAGAAUGUCUCUUUGAACAACUUCAGUGCUGAUCAGGUAACCAGAGCCGUGGAGAAUGUGCUAAGUGGCAAAGCCUGAAGCCUCCACUGAUUAAGAGCAACAGCCCCACAGGUUGGGCUCUGUUGGACCGAGUACAAUGUGAAAAAAGUGUUCUGUUCUGUAUAAAGCUUGUGCUGAAAACACCA